ACGUUCCUUAGCCCCGCCCAACGUGCGUGUUCCUGGCAACCGUACGCCAACCUCCGCCGGCAUGGAGGUGGCACUUUACUGCUUUUAUUUACCGCUGUGACAAAAAGUAGCCACGCAGUCAUGUCGGAGGACACGCGGGCCCAGACGGAGGGCGACUUUGAGAAGACUCUCGCGUUAAUUGGCGGCCGUGAGAGGAUAUAUUUGGUGAGUGACGCCUGCCAAAGCAAAGAAGCGGGCGACAGCGACGCCGGCGUCCUGCAGGAGUUCAUCCGUGAUUUGUUCCACGGCGGAAAGGACCUACAGCCGAUUUCCUCCUCUGGUGUGAGCGAGCAAAGCAACGUUUGCACCGCGAAAAGCGGCGACAUCACUCCGCUGGAGAAGCGCGAGGAUUCACGCGCCAACACGCGGGGGAAGACGGCUCGGAGGGAGGUGAGCAGCUCCAGCCUCCGAAGAACCAUCGACUACCCGACAGUCGUAUUCCUCUUCCGGGAGACUUUCAUCAGCUGCGAUCGCAAGCAAGCGUGCUUGAAGGAGAUACUAAAGGACGUCAAGGCCCGCACUAAACGAGCCGGCAGAUCCACGCCGGCUUUGAUCGGUUUAGUGCGAACCACGGCGGAUAGCGCCGAGACGCAAAGGUGUGUGCGGCACCUGGAGCUCCUCAUCCGAAACGUGUUCCCGAGACACGCACCGGAGACUAUUUGGGUGGGCUCCUUCGUCCCCGGCGUGGAGAGCAGCGCGCUCAACAUCAAGAGGAACUUCUGCAGAGUGAUCGGUUCUUCUUCUCCGACAGCAGAUAUUAGCAGCAGCAGUAGUGGGAACCCGCUGCUGUGGCCGUUCCAGUGUUUGUUCAGGCCCAAUGGAGGAGGAGCAGCCAACAGUUCUCCAACCAGCAAGCAAAGAGUUCCAGGUGAUUCUGAAAGCAUGGAGGAAAGCAUUCCUUUGAAAACCAAUUCCACAUCCGCUGGGCCAAACGAGGAACCCGUUGGAGGAGACUGCUGAUGUCACGUGACUAAGACCCCCAACACUGUGGACUAUGUUUUUACUUUGUAGGGACGAGCUGGUCUAAGAAGCCUCCGUGUCGUCAAAGAUGUCCAUGUUGUUCUGCAUCAAUAUACAAAUAACAGUAGAUAUGCCUUAUUAUUAUGACAUUUAGUGUCACCUUGUGGGUGAAUGCUUUAUAAAUGAAGUACAAUUUAGUAGCACCUUUGACUUUGUUAGUUCUAAAGCAAUUAUACAUGAUUUUAUCACCAAUUGAACCAAACUGCUGUAACUUGUGCCUUCCAUAACUUAUUUGUAGACCUACAAAAUACUGAGCAUAGCAACUUAGGAGCAGAGCAUUUAUUCUUUUUCCAUACUAUUAUAAAGAAAAUAACCACAUACAGUAAAAUGUAGAGCCUCACAUUUAUGCUUUUGGCAGCUGUAAUACUAAACAAAUGAGUGCUGACAUUGUAUAUAUUUAUUAGGCUAUUGAAUUGUUUAUUGGUAACAUAUA